AUGAAAAUGUUUUCGAAGUGUUUAUCAAUGUUAAUCUUUUUAACUUUCGUGAAGUUGAUUGCAGCAACAUCAUUGUUUAGAGAUGAGUUAACUUAUCAAGAAGUCCGAAAUAAUAUUUUUGCUGCGGAAGAAUCCAUGAGAACCGGUGGGAAUGUUUACUUGAAUCCAAAAGAAACUAAAGCUGAUGCGAUAUUAUUGAAAUUAAAAAAUGAAACGAUAAGACGUGGAAUUUUUGAAUCUCGAAGUUAUUUACCAUCAAUGCACUUUUUCAAAGCGAAAUCAUUGAUUGAACAAGAUCCAAUAUUCGACAUUCUUAAAAAAGCUCCAAAAGGUGGAGUUCUUCAUCUUCACAACUCAGCAGCAGUAAGCAGUGAAUGGGUGAUCAAGAAUCUGACUUACAGAGAUGAUAUGAGAUUAUGCACCACAAAAGAUGGUCUGAAGAUAUUUAAUGUUAUGUAUGAUGCCUUCAAUUUACACUUUAUUUAUUAUUUGCAUUUAAAAAUCAAUAAUUUUUACAGAGAUCUUCAUAAACUAUGUGCAGAUGAACCAGUUUCAAUAUCAGCAACUCGAACAAAGGCUGAAAACAUUGAAGAAUUUGAUAAGAACUUGGAAAAGUUGAUUAAUUUAUAUACAACUCAGCCUGAAGUUGAUUACCCUGAUGCAAAUGCCGUUUGGACACGUUUUCAGAAUAUGUUCACAACAAUUCGAGGUAUUUUAGAUUAUGCGCCAACCUACAAAGCUUUUCACUGGAGACUUCUUGAAGAACAUUACGAAGACAACGUUAUGUAUGUUGAGUUAAGAGCUUCUUUAUGUCCAAUUGUCGAUGAAAAUGGGAAAACAUUGAAUAGUGAAGAUGUUGUUGAAAUUCUUUUUGGAAUCGUUGAAGGCUUUAAAAAGCAACAUGAAAACUUCCUUGGAAUGAAAAUCAUUCAAGCAAUUCACAGAAGUUUUAACAGAUCAAAAAUUGAAGAAAAAAUGGACAAAUUUGUGGAGUUGCAGAGAAAGUUUCCAAAUUUCAUAAUCGGAUUCGACUUAGUUGGUCAAGAAGAUCUCGGCGUACCUUUGAUCAGCUUCAUAGAGAAACUUAAAGACAUUUCCCAGAAUGGCCGCUUCUUCUUCCAUGCUGGUGAAACAAAUUUCUUCAAUACCGAAGCAGAUGUCAACAUUUUAGAUGCAAUUUUGAUGAACACAAAGAGAAUUGGACAUGGAUUCAGUCUUUUUAAGCAUCCAGUGUUAUGGUCUGCAAUUAAAGAGAAAGAAAUUGCUGUUGAAAUUAAUCCAAUUUCAAAUCAAGUUCUUCAUCUUGUUCAGGAUUUAAGAAAUCAUCCGGCAAGUUUUUAUGUCUCUGAAAAUAUUCCAAUCGUUAUUGGAAAUGACGAUCCAGGCUUUUGGAAUGCAAAGGGAGUGAGCUUCGAUUAUUAUUACGCAUUCAUGGACUUCACUCCAGCUGACGAAGGUCUGCAAGUCUUAAAACAAUUGGCUUGGAAUUCAUUAAAAUAUUCAGCAAUGACACCAAAGGAAAAGAAAAACGCUGCUGUUGUGUUUAAAGCUGAAUUUGAUGAUUUUGUCGAUUAUAUUUUAACAAAAGAAUAAUUUAAUUUCAGAGUGUUUAUGUGGGUUUGAAUGUCUGAAAUUUUAAACAAAUAUUAACACUCACAAGUAGAGAUUUUGAAUAAUUAGCAGCAUUUAACACUUGAAAUUAAUUUAUUUAAAGGAAGCUAAAAUAAAAUUUUAUUUGUGUUCUAACUGACAACUGUGACUAAUAAAAAACUUAAUUAUUGUUCAUCAAAUGUCGA